GCAAGAAACAGUUUGGCUAAAGACGAGGUUAACAAAUCAGUGUCUUACAACAAAAGCAGGUUCAAACUUACGCUGGGAAGGACCGGAACGUUCGAGCACGACCAAGGAGGUUGAGAAGACACUGAGCUGCAGAGAGCUGGACGUCCAAGACGUCUCGAAAAGUAAACACCACUGGAAGUCGUGCAUGCGAUCUCUUUAAAGCUCGCUUUAAGAAUGUUUCAAUUGCUGCCUUGGACCUUUGCUGUUGACACCGUACAUUUCUGGGUGCACUAUGGCCUGGUGUUCCUUGGCUUCCUGCUAGGGGGCGUCACUAUCCUUGUACAGCUCAGUAAACCGGCACCUUAUGGAAAAUUUGAUCAGGGUAACAGUGAAUCUUGGGGAGUGACCAUCAACCAGAGACUGGGCCAUAUACUGUCUGAUGCCACACCUGGAGUGCUACUUUUCUUGCUGGUAUUCUUCCUGUAUGGCACUGAGAGGCAGUACACCAACUAUGUUUUUCUGGGCCUGUGGCAGGCACAUUACAUUCACAGAGGAAUCAUCCACCCUCUUGUAAUGAGGUACAGCAAGGCUCAAGUUCCCCUGGGAAUCACCCUGGGUGGCCUGUUUCCCAACUGUAUCUUUAGUUUCCUGUGUGCUGAUUGGAUCUCCUCUGCAAGAUAUCCUGACCAGUACUACUAUGACCCGAGGUUCAUCAUAGGUCUUCUACUCUUUGUAUUUGGGUACGUCACUAACAAGUGGGCAGACUUGAAGCUCAGAAGCCUGAGGAGACAGAAAGGUACAGAUGGAGCGGGUAGGGCACAAACUACUUUUGAAUCUUGGGGAGUGACCAUCAACCAGAGACUGGGCCAUAUACUGUCUGAUGCCACACCUGGAGUGCUACUUUUCUUGCUGGUUUUCUUCCUGUAUGGCACUGAGAGGCAGUACACCAACUAUGUUUUUCUGGGCCUGUGGCAGGCACAUUACAUUCACAGAGGAAUCAUCCACCCUCUUGUAAUGAGGUACAGCAAGGCUCAAGUUCCCCUGGGAAUCACCCUGGGUGGCCUGUUUCCCAACUGUAUCUUUAGUUUCCUGUGUGCUGAUUGGAUCUCAUCUGCAAGAUAUCCUGACCAGUACUACUAUGACCCGAGGUUCAUCAUAGGUCUUCUACUCUUUGUAUUUGGGUACGUCACUAACAAGUGGGCAGACUUGAAGCUCAGAAGCCUGAGGAGACAGAAAGGUAGCAAUGGAUACUACAUUCCAUCUGGAGGACUUUUUGAGCUAGUGGCCUGUCCAAAUUAUUUUGGGGAAUUGGUGGAGUGGUUAGGCUGGGCUGUGGGUACAUGGUCUCUGUCAGGACUAGCAUGGAUGCUUUUCGGAUGUGCUACAUUCGUACCAAGAGCUGCACAUACAAGGAAAUGGUACUGUGAACAGUUUAUGGAGUAUCCCAGAGGACGGAAGGCUUUAAUUCCCUUUGUGUAUUGACAAAUAGUUCAUGGACUUUCUCGAUAAUAUAAUGUAUUGUACCAGAUGUACAUGAAAGUUGGUGUUGAUAGUAAUCAUAGUAAAAUGUUGAACUUUAUUCCAACACAAGGGUUACACAGAGAUCAAAUUUUCAAUGACCACUGUCGCCUUCAUCAGGAUAAUUAAAUUGACCAAUCACUUCUGAACGUAGACUCGCGAGAGUUACAGACACGUGGCCUUCGUUAUUCACGCAAGACUUUAUGGAUACAUGACGUCAGCGUCAGUGAUAAAACGUGCCAGGGAGUUUACACUGUAUAAGAUUUUGAGAUGUUUAAUAGAACAAUCAAUAAUUGUAUUUGCUUUGCUGAGGGAGCCAAAAUCAUAAUGUUUUAGAAAAGUUACUGUUCUGAGACAUCAUAAAGUAAAACUUACCCUAAAAGAUAUUGACAGUAAUGAGAAGCAUUGACAACAUGAUUGUUAAUAAGAUAUGCUAUUGUGCUUUAUCAACACUAAUACAUGUAUAUAAAAAAAAUGACAUGUAAAAUUAAUUGUACAUGAUUACAUAAUUACAUGGACUGCACCUUUACUUCAAGUGCCUCAAAAUAUAUUAAAAUAAAUAAUCGGGGGAAAAAUAGCUGAAGUAUUAGUAAAAAGUAGUAUACAUAACAUACAAUAUUUUACAGUCUUUCUUCUAGAUUUUGGUGAGAUGUAUAUUAUUGCACUGACUUCAACUUUUGACAGAGAGUACAAAGUUUGUGUGUGCCCUUCAACACUUCAACAAACUACUUUUGUUUUCAAGACUCGAUGUCUGUACCAAGGUUUAUCUUUCGUGAAAUGUUUUGACUGCAAAAAUGAUGCCAUUGAUAUUUCUAGACUUUCACCGGGAAUAUAAACAGUAAACAUACAAAACAACAGAUAAAUCCGUUAAGCACCAUUAAAUUAGCACCACAGGUUUGAAUCAUAGUACACAGAAAUUAGAAAUAGCAAAAGUUUGAACAUCAGUAUUUGUCAAGAAAUUAAAGGCAUUUCAAUGCAAUUUUAGGAUGGCAAAAUGGUGCUUGUUUUGCACCAUAGACUGGUUGUAGCUAAUGUAUGGAUGGGCGGUACCCAAACAUUGAAGAGACGCCUCAUGUAGCUAGUUUUGGGCUAUUCCAUGCAAACGCUUGAGGUAUGAAAUGAUGACGAAAAUGUGCUAAGAAAUGGCAGUAAAUGUCAAUAUCAGACAGACUUCCUGACCCAGAAUAUUUUUUUGUUUUGCCAACCUGAAAUUGCAUUGGAUGACAUAGUGAAGCAACACUUGUGGAGUAUGCAUUGCCUUUGAGAACUUGAAGCUCCUAACACUUGUGCUGUUGGGUUUAGAGCACAACAAACUACAACUCUUACGAUGACUCUUAAAUGAAUAAAUAUCUCUCCCUUGUGAAGUAAAAAUAAAUGGCAUCAUUUUACAUGACAUAUGUCUAAAUGGCUGACAACAGAUUAUUUACUUUAUUGGUAUUACUGUUCGAAUACAACACAAAGAACUCGCCAACAUUUUGGUUGCCUCUAGAUGUACUUAGUCCACAGACUGUACAUUUUGACUUCUAAAAACAUUGAGCUGGGUAAUAAAUUGUGUUCCCCAGUACUCCAGACCAAUGUUCUAGCCAGCCUGAAUGGUUUUUCUAUUAUGAUCUCAAUUUUGUAUGACGUAGCAUCAUGUCGAGUGCCAAUCUUUGGGGGUGUGGGGGCAUGCUCCCCAAGGAAAAUUUUGAAUCUCAACCCUCUGACAUGCUAUUUCCUGACAUGCUAUUUCCUGAAUACUACAUCAUACAUGUCGUAGAGGCAACAAAAAACUUGAGUUUCUUUGCGUAGGAACAGCUAGCAAAUGUUAACCAAUCCAGAAUGUAGAUAAACCUUCAUGCUAACUGUAAUCUAAGACAUACAAUACAAGCAAGGCUUGGUGAGAAGCAACAUGUAUAGUCAGUCAUGCUUGUGUUCAGCAAUAACAACUCUUGGGCAAUCGAUCUAUUCACAAUAAGAAUUCAGAAAAGGUUGCAAAAAUGGAGCAUGUCAGAGAGAACUAGCAUGUCGGCAGAACGUACUGAGCCUGUGCAAAACGUCUCAUUUAAGGUUGUAGUAUUCGCGUUUUUAAGACUAACAUUCCAUCUCAUAGUGUUGAAAUGUUGUGUUAGAAAAGAUAUGCAAUGGGCGAAAUUCUGAUGUAACGUUGACCAAACAUCCAACAAAACUGAAAAAUCUGGGUUAGCACAGGAGCAGUAUGUCUGCUGACUGAGAAACUAAGUUACAUACUUGUUGUAGGGGGAUGCAAACAUGUACAUACCUACAACAGGGUAAGGCACAACUUAGAUUGAAACUAAAAAGCCCCUACUACUAUAACAUGUCUAUUAGUAAUCAAUGCACUAACAUGUAUGGUAUAUUGCUACUCUGCACUGUGCCAUAUGAAUUGCUCUGAAGCUUCUAUUGCCUUGUGUCCCUAUAGGGGUAAUUGCAAUCUCCAUGGCCUUUUGAUAUCUCUAUACUUUUCACUUGAUCAAGGUUGCUUUGGGUUGGUUCAGGAAAGUCAUUCUGUAUGGAGCCUUAUUAAAGACAACCAAUGCAAUUUCAGGACUGUCACAGU